UUAUCUACCAUUCCUUUAUUAAAUUACACCUGAAUAGUUUUUGAAAACAAUAUGCUAUAAAUUGUUUCGCUGUAUUGGCGCACCGGUUGAAAGAGCUAUCUUCCCUUACUCCUUAAAACAAUUAGAUAAAUUAGCUAAAUAAAUAAUAGUUAAAAUAAAUUAAAUAAAGAUUAAGAAGUUUAACUCCACCCCCUUCCCCGCUAACUAAAAAUAAAACCUGUUUGCCUCGCGGUUUUACUCGUCGUUUUAAACAAAAGAGACCAGAACAACAGCGUGGAAGAGUCAAAAUUAAUCAGCAGCUAUUUUACUAUAUAUACUAAGUUAAUAAUAAACGGUUAGUUCAUUUUUUUAAAAACUUAAAAAGUGUUUAGAAAGUGUUUUACUAAUAUUAAUACACCUUUCGUUGAAAUCUCACUAAGUUGGCUUGUACACAGAAAUGAAUACUUUUUAAAGAAGAAGUAAAAUUAUUUAAGGACAGCAUCAAAAAUGUCCAAAUCGACGUUGGAAAUAUUUGAAGUGAUUACUUUAAUAUCAAUUGACGUUUUUGCUUUGACUGGUAACUGUAUGAUUAUACUUGCUUUCAUAAUCGGUCCUAAAUCUUUAAAGACACUAACAAACUAUUUUGUUGUAAAUCUAGCUGUGGCUGACUUAAUGGUUGCAAUUCUGCCGUUACCCUUCUGGAUUGUAUAUACAGUUGACUACAAUAUUAUCAAUAGCAAUGCCAUACCUUUCUUUACUGCAGCGGACAUUCUCUGCGGAAUUACAUCGAUACUGAACCUGACUGCUAUCAGUUUAGAACGAAUGUUUGCUGUUAAAUUUCCAACUCGUCAUUAUAACUUGUCGUCAGCUCCGGUUUUUGUUGUUAUUGCAUUUACAUGGUUUAUUGGAAUUGCUUUUUCAGGUGCACGAUUUUUUAUACCACUUAAUAGUUUAAGAUGGUAUACCGCUUUCAUAUUUGUUUUUGCUUUCGCUUUGCCUCUAUUUAUUAUUGUUGUUUCUUAUUGUGUUAUAUUUUAUUGUGCAAUUUUGAUGAUGAGAGAAAAUAGUAACCAAGAUGGAAAAACUAAACAAGAGUUACGAGUUGCCAAGACUAUAUCUGUAAUAAUUGGACUGUUUCUUUUUUGUUGGAGUCCGUUUUUUAUUUUAAACAUGGUUUACGCAUUUUGCAAAGAUAUUCAUUGUAAUAAGCUACCAUUAUGGUUAACUAACGUCACUAAAUUACUGCACUAUAGCAACAGCAUGAUGAAUUUCUUUGUUUACGGAUACCGAAGUCCAGAUUUUCGUCACUCAUUUCGUGCAUUUACUAAAUGUAAUUUAAGUCUUAUAGAAGGUAGAGUACGUUCAUUGUCCGAAAGCAUAAAUCGAGGACAUAGUUCUUCCUUCAAAAGAGAAAGAAAUAAUGAAAAUAGCGAAGAGAUCUUCUUGGUCACGCUUGCUUCCGACGAAAUUAAAGCUGAUAGUCACCAAGAAUACAUAUUGUUAGUGUUGAAGAAUAAACAAAGAGAAAGUAAAUUAAAAGCACAAGAUCUACCAGACGGUAAACCAGAUAUUGUUGUUAAAAGUAUAACUUCUAUUCUCGAUGAUUACAAUUUAUGGAAGAGUAUAAAAAUAAUUUUAGCGUACAUUAUAAAUAAUACUAAAAUGUCAAAAUCAUUGUUGGAAAUAUUUGAAAUAAUCGUUUUAAUAAUAAUUGACGUUUGUGCUUUAACUGGUAACAGCAUGAUUAUACUUGCUUUUAUAAUUGGCCCGAAAUCUAUAAAGACAUUUACCAACUACUUUGUGGUAAAUCUAGCUGUUGCAGACUUGAUGGUUGCAGUUUUAUCAUUACCUUUCUGGAUUGCUUAUCGAUUUGAUAAUAACAUUGCUAAAAGUAUGUUUUUUGAGUACUUUAUAUCUAUCGACACCCUAUGCGGAAUAACAUCAAUAUUGAAUUUGACUGCUAUUAGUUUGGAACGAAUGUUUGCUGUUAAAUGCCCAACACGUCACUUUAAUUUAACUUCACUCCCAGUUUUAAUUGUAAUAGCACUAACUUGGUUUAUAGGAAUUGCAUUAACUGCUCCAAGAUUUUUAACAAUAAACAAUACAAAGGUUUUUAAGAUUUAUACAGCAACUCUGUUUUUUUGUGCAUUUAUAAUACCUCUAGUUAUUAUCGUAGUUUCUUAUUGCGUCAUACUUUAUUGUGCAAUUUCGAUGAUGAGAGAAAGUUGCAAUCAAACUAGAAAAAUCAAACGCGAGCUAAGAGUGGCAAAAACUAUAUCUGUUAUAGUAAGUUUGUUCCUAAUUUGUUGGAGUCCGUUUUUUAUUGUGAACAUGACGUUUAUAUUUUGUACAAAAGACUGUUAUAAUAGUUUCCCAGUGUGGUUAGUUCACGUCACUAAAAUUAUGCACUAUAGCAACAGUAUAAUGAACUUCUUUGUUUACGGACACCGAAGUCCUGAUUUUCGUCGCUCUUUUCGUGCAUUUAUAAAUUGCGAUGUAGGUCUUUUACAAGAAAGAGUUCGUUCGUUCUCUGAAAGUGUAAGUCGAGUUAGAACAACUUCUUUCAGGCAUCAACGCUCACACGAAGAAAACACAGAAAACAACAAAGAGAACAUUAGAAAACUAAGUGAAAGCACUAGAAGAAGUUCAAAAAGUGAAAACACUAGAAGAGUUUCAAAAGACAAUAAAUUGCUCAUAGCUAAAUAACGCGUUAAAUAAACUUUAGUUUAAGUAAAAAUAUUUUUUUAACAUUUUUCUUUAAAAAAGAAAAGAUUUUAAACACAACCCUAA